UUUUAUAUAAUCACAUGGAUAAAAUUAUAUUUUUGAGACGGGACUCAUCAUACGUUAAGAAAAAACGCACGGUAAUGGGAAUUAUAUGAAAGGAUGGUAGGAGAAAAAAAUAAUAAAGCGCUUUAUUCAACACCAGAAAGAGAGAGAAAAUACAAAUUAACGGUAUUAUAAAGCAACCAUUUACCUUUGCCAUUUUCCUUUUACCAUUUUACUUUACAGGACGUCUUUUCUGCAGUUGGUAUCGAAAAAUGCGUUCAGCGUAGUCGGCAUUUUUAGCCCAACUAACUGCCUUUCUACCCUUCGUCCUAAGGGGUACAAGCUACACACAAAAAAGACAUCAGAUACAGCCCCUAUCGAAUAUCAAAAGAGCCCAAAUGGCAGGACGCGUAUGUGGUACAGUCAUCACACGUGUGAACACAAAUGACAGAAAAAGGUCGUGGCGAGAAUGAAUAAAGUGAAGGUGAUACAACUAAUGCGGAUUGAAAGAGGGCUGCAGCCACUUUUAUGGAGAGAAAUACCUACAGGAAAGGGCAACAGCUCACUAUACACUGCUUGUUAAAACUAGAUAGACAUUUCGUAACUUUUUCCUUGCCUUUUCCUUUCUAAUUUAUAAUACCCACAUCACAUUACCAACAGUCCAAUCUGAGCUGAGUUGUUCUGCGUGGCUACAUGAUUGCACGGGAGAAUUCGGUAGUUGCUACAGGUUAUACGCGACCAAUUGCGACGAAAAAAGAGCUAACAAAAUAUCUAACCAGCUAAAAUCAAGCAACAACUAUUACCAUUCAUUCCUCAUCUGAACGAAAAAAGCCCAAUAUCAGUGGCAUUUUAAAUACUUUCAGCUACUUAUGGACCUUCACACGGUGGUAGUUUUUCAUUGCUAUUUGUAAGAAUAAAAAUUACUGCAGUUUCUUACCUCUUUCUUUUACCUUGUCUGAUAACAAUACAAAGAAAGGAAAGCUAAUCGAACAAAAAGAUAAACUAUGACUGCUAAAAAGCGGUGAUAAAUUAUGACUGACAAGUUAUUAAUGAUAACACCUAUUUUUUUUCACGCUUUGUUGGUAUCCCUAACUGAUUCAACUUAGCUUCAUCGACCAAUUCAAAAAAGUCUGCUAUUACAAGUUAUUUUCUCGAGCGUUCCCCGAGCACUUUAACGUUGCUUCCCAACAAAGUUUCAAAGGCAAAGAGAUCUUUUUGAAAAUUGAUUGAAGUUUCCAGACUGCUAGUUGAACACAAAAUGGCAUUUUCUGUAGCUAUCUGCGGCUGUUAACAAGAUCCCCCUUCAUUCCUGACAGCUCCAAUUCCAUCUAUCAUUCAUGUCAGAACCUUUAAUUAACUGUACUCUUUCCUAUUUGAUGACCGGUCAUCUUUUGCAACCACGGGUAAUUAAAAGUGUCUGAAAAUUGCGUAAUUUUUUGAAGACAAAAACGCACAGGAAGCAAAGGACUUGAGCAGCAACGUGUAGGCAUUACACAAAGCGGAUACGUCAGCUCAGUUAUAAACAACAAACAAGACAAACAGACAAUCCAGCAAAAAAAAACGUUUAUUUCGUUUUCCUUCUAUUACCACUGGGUGCCAUUUACCUUUUCUUUUUGCAAAAGAAAAUAUAAUAGCAGAAAAAAUGCAAAAUAUGAAUUCGUUUCUCAAUUGAUUGCUUUCUUUGGUUGUAAGCGCACUAUGCAUUUGAUCCCAACCAACCAUUUAUUUUAAUUUAAUUAAAUUCAUAUCUCAUAAUCCAACCACGUUUGAAUCCGUUACCUGAAAAGGAGAUAGAACCCUUUGGUGUGAAAAACCUUUCUAUAUAAUCACACCGCAUUUAUGGUUGUUUCAAAAAGUAUACUCGAAAGCUUCUACACUUCAAUGAGGAUUGACUCAAAUAGUUUUCUUUAAACUGUUUUUUUUUCUUUAAAAUUUUCACGGAGUCUCUUUCUUAUCGCUUUCUGGCGGACACUUUGAUUCAAAUAACCAGAGCGUAUUAUUCAACGUAAAUCGAAUUCUUUUAUGUUCGUGAGCUUUGCUCGCUAUAGCGCUACCUUCUGGUCACUAGCUGGUUAUGAUAUAACAUCCGACUAAAAGCAUAACUAGUCAAAAUAACCCAUUUUAACUGUGUACUUGUUGAGCAUCAUCGAUAUUUGCUGGUGAUAGUUAUAAACCGUGAACACUGGGCGUGAACAAUCGAAUGGGCGUGAACAGUUCCUCGGCACACCCGCAUGGCUUUUCAGCCUCCACCUCUUCUCCCCGACUACAUAGCAGAGCCAAAUUCGAGGCGUCAGUUUCCAUGCCUCAAAUUUACAACCCCAAUGAAGAUUUCUCCGCCUGCUCAAGUAUCAGUGGAACAGGUACAAGCAACGGGAAAAACUCUAGCCAAAAGGGGAGCGGGGGUCGAUUGUCCAAGAAGGCGUUCUAUUCCAGCACUUUGCUGCAAUCUCUAAACUGGAAACUAAUUGGCCAACAUCCUCACAAGCAUCGCAACAGAAAACACAGCAGAGGACAAGAGCCCACUUCGAUAUCUUUGAGGUAUUUUGAAAGAGGCAACAACGACAACAGUCCUUCAGGUAUAAGACAGUCGGACCAAGGAGACGGAUGUGGAAAUCCAGGGGCGGAUCUGGAGGAAGACGACGAAGUAGACAGCAGACCCCUGGAACUGCAGAUGGACCAUCACAACCAACAUCAAAACAAGAGCGGAUCCAGGAGCAGAUCGGACAGGAAACCAGAAAGCUAUGCUGCCAGGAAGUCAUACUCGUGCUUUAACCUAGCCAAUCAGAGCCAUCCUAACAACACUAAUAACACCGUGAUCAACAACAAUGCACACACGUCUAAAUCUCGCAAAGAUAAAGAAAGUGUUCGAGAAAAGGAAAAUGCAGUGCGUAAAGUGUCCCACGGUGAAAUGUUCAAGGUCACCGCGACAACAUCUAACAAAUCAGUUUCAUCAUCAUCUAAUAUUGAGCAGCUGAAGACACAACAGACGAGACCCCUAUCCUCCCACCCACAGCUUUUCGGAGGCAGUAAAGGCAGUCGGUCUGCAGUCACGGGUGGCAGCGCAAUUAACCUCUCCUCGUCCUCAUCUUCGUGUUUCUCCUCAAGUGGGGGAGGGGGAAGGAAAAGCAGUAACAGCAGCAGCAGUAACAUAUCGCCUAAGAAGACGGUGACGAUCACUGCCUCCACGAGUGAACUGCUGUCGUGUCUGGGCAGCUACCUGUCAGUCAAGUGCGUGCGACUCCGAGGAACUCUGCAGAAUGGGGAGGCGGCUGUGCUUUGGCUGAAGAGUGUCGAUCGGGCUCUGCUGCUUCAGGGCUGGCAGGACAUUGCAUUCAUCAGUCCCGCUAAUGUUGUCUUCGUCUUCCUUUUGCUACGACAUAUGGUCGACGAAAAAAUAGGAAGUGAGCGUGAGUUGCAGGCAGUGGUGCUUACGUGUCUGUACAUGAGCUACAGUUACAUGGGCAAUGAGAUCAGCUACCCUCUCAAACCCUUCCUAACCGAGGCGGACAGGGAGAGCAAGGAGCGCUUCUGGGACAGGUGUGUGCGCAUCAUCAACUGCUGCUCGUCUCACAUGCUCCGGAUCAACAAAGAGCCAGCCUACUUCACCAAGAUAUUCACUGAGCUAAAAGGUUAUGGUGCUACUAAGGGAACAACGGGACAAUUGGGCAAGUCCUCUGGACUGUCCAACAGACAUUCGUACCACUACAACCCCCAAGCACAUCACACCACCUACCACUACGAUCUGCAACAACAGCAACCACAAAAACAACACCCAUACUGCAAUUUGCCACAAGCACCCCUCAACCACAACGCACUGCUCAUGAACAGUGGUGCGGUAUCGAUCAAAGGGGUCGGAGGUAGAGGGGUUGACAACAACACCAAACAUUCCACCUCUUCGUCCACUUCGUCUUCAGGGAAGCCACUCAAAACCAGCUCCUCCGCCAGUCAGGUGUUGCACUAGCCAUCAAAUCUUUCUUCUCUUUCCUCAAACUUGCUUCAUUUGCUGCUUCAAGUGCAGACAAGUAAGUUUCAAUUGCAUAUGUAGUGGCCAUGGCGAAAAUUUACCAGUGGCCAUAACGGCCUCACGAUUCUAUAAUGAACUUCAAAAAAAGUAUUUUGAAAGAAAACGAUUUUCCAGCCUGUCUAUGGACUAAAGAUGAAAACAACCGCCAUUUACUAUCUAUGACACUGGAUCUGAUGAAUUCAAUUGACUGCCAGAGUAAACUGUACUUUUGAAGAUACUUAGAUGUUCUAAAAUGCGAUAUAACUACAAAUACCUCAACUUUAACUCGCUAUUUAAACUAUAAAGCUAAAAAAUUUAAUUUAUUUGUGAAUCAGAUUCAAUGCUGCAAUGAUACUUACUACUUUUUGCAAUUCAAUUCCAAAAAUUAA